AUGCCAUCGACCAUACGAAGCACUCGUGCUACGGCACCAAAAAGGAUCCAACCAUAUUCACGGUCACAGCUACGGGAGCUACCAUCACGGUAUGCUCCAACUGCAAACACGAGGGGCACGGAGCCAACCAGGUUAACUGCCCAGAAACAGCUGGCCAUCAGAGAACGAGUCCUGCUGAACGGCCAGGCCAAGGCCAAGGUAAGAUCAGAGGCUGCGCGGGUCAGGAAGGAGACUACUUUCGCACAAGCUCUGAGAAGCAACAAGGAGUUCCCGCAGCUGGGAGCCUCGAGAACUUCAAUCGCCGCUGAUGAAGAGCUCGGCCCUACGCCUCCUUCACCACCAAAACAGACAGCACUGACUGCGUCCACCGACCAGCCGAACAUGGACAUCCUGCUGGCCAUCCUCCAGCGCAUGGACUCUGUGGUAGCUGAAGUAAACAACAUGAGAACAGAAAUGAACAGCCUGAAUACAGAACUACUCAUAAUCAAGAGAGCCAAAACUGCAACCACUGUUAAUGGAUAA